AUUGGGUUACGCCGCCGGAAGCGGGGCGGAACUUUGUUGUGGCGGUGAGGAACAGGAAGCCCUGAAGGGUCAGAAGAAAUAUAAAAGCAGAGGCUGUUUUCUUUCGGUUUUUUUCUUUUUCUUUCUCGUAAAGAGCGAGCGGCCUUUGUGGUGGCGGUUUGGGGUGGGCGCCGCCGAGGUGAGGGGGUCUCGCCUCCCGCACGCUGGUAGCCUCCACUUUAUCCACUCGUGGUUUGAGUGCCUCUAGGUGUAUCCCUUCCCUGUUGAACAGACUAGACUCAUCUCUAAGCCUCCUUGAAUACCUGCGUUUCUCCUUUCUGAAUCUACUUGGAAGUAAGGUACAGACUUCUUGUUCCAUUAUGGAUGGAGGGGAUGAUGGUAACCUUGUUAUCAAAAAGAGGUUUGUAUCUGAGGCAGAACUAGAUGAACGGCGCAAAAGGAGGCAAGAAGAAUGGGAGAAAGUUCGAAAACCUGAAGAUCCAGAAGAAUGCCCAGAGGAGGUUUAUGACCCUCGCUCUCUAUAUGAAAGGCUACAGGAACAGAAGGACAGGAAGCAGCAGGAGUAUGAGGAACAGUUCAAAUUCAAAAACAUGGUAAGAGGCUUAGAUGAAGAUGAGACCAACUUCCUUGAUGAGGUUUCUCGGCAGCAGGAACUAAUAGAAAAGCAGCGAAGAGAAGAAGAGCUGAAAGAACUGAAGGAAUACAGAAGUAAUCUCAACAAGGUUGGAAUUUCUCCAGAAAACAAGAAAGAAGUGGAGAAGAAAGUAGCUGUGAAACCCAUAGAAACCAAGAACAAGUUCUCCCAGGCGAAACUGUUGGCAGGAGCUGUGAAACAUAAGAGUUCAGAGAGUGGCAACAGUGUGAAAAGACUGAAAUCGGACCCUGACCCAGAUGACAAGAAUCAAGAAGCCUCGUCGUGCGUGUCUCUUGGAAGCACAUCGCUGAGCGGUCCCUCCAUCCACUGCCCCUCCGCCGCCGUCUGUAUUGGCAUCCUCCCAGGCUUGGGCGCCUACUCCGGGAGCAGCGACUCUGAGUCCAGCUCAGACAGCGAGGGCACCAUCAACGCCACCGGCAAGAUCGUCUCCUCCAUCUUCCGAACCAAUACCUUCCUCGAGGCCCCCUAGGUCCUCUGUCUUUACCACAGGGAGCUCCUCCCCGCAAGUAGACCGGACAGUUUAUUCUGCCUGCAGGCAUUAGUGGCCUCAGAAAACUCCUUUGCCUGCUCCCUGUUGACACCAUGAUGUUUUUAACCUCAUCUAAACAUGUGCCAGAAUCUACUUGUGGCGCAACUUGUGUUUGGUUUCUUUCUACUCUAGUACAGAUGCCCAAACCUGUCUUGUGGCCUCUGCCCUCACUGAUGUUGUAAGGCAGAGGUCACUACCCAGCAGAAACUCCACUAAAAAUGCCCUGGGAAGAUAAGCACCAGUUGGCUUGCAAAGGGUUUGAGUUCUGUUGCUUUCUUGUUUGUGGUUUUUUUGUGUUUUUUUUUUUUAAUCUUUUUUUCCUUUCCCAGCAUGACAAAGGAAAAAAAGGGCAGUUAUUGACAGGUACCAUUGAAGCAUUGUUUUCUAGAUGAAAGCACUGUUAGCGCGUACAUGUUGUGGGAUGUGCAGGGGGAGAGAAGGACCCAGGUGAUGGAACGGCCUGCUGCCUCGGCGCUGACUGCCUUUUGAUGUUAGGAGACUGUAAGAAUCUAAACCACAUCCACAGGGGUGUCACUUAACACCCAUAGUUCGUUGUGAGGUUUUUCCUCACCCUUGGCUAUUCCUUCACCCCCCCAUCCACUCCCAUUUAAGACUCUAAACCUUAGAGAAACAAACAUAGGCCUUUUUUCAUUGUAGCUGUAAAUCAGAAGUGCUGGUGGGUGUGUAGACGAGAUCACUUAACUUCCGGCUGUGGCAGGAACUCUAGUAUUGCACGCCACUUGCAUAUUCUAGCUGUAAUGUGUUGAGACUCCUCUCUCUUGGAUACAUUUAUGGUAUGGCUUCUAACCAUGGAAGCCCUUUCUAGUCUAAUGGUGCUGCCCCAUCCUUUCCCCUUCUUUGAUCCACUGCCCCUCCUGCUCUUCUUUUUCCACACACAGCAGCUUCCAGGCUGUGAGAGCCAAGACCUAGAGGUACUGCUCCACUUCUGUGUCAGAGGGAGGCAGGCCUCUCCCUGUGGGAGGGAGGGAAGGAUGGUGGGAUUCAAGGUCUGGAGGCCUGGAGGGCAGAGGUGAGCCAUGGGCUCUUUAAAAAGUCCGUCGGCUCCCCUGCUUCACAAGAAUGAGCCUGUGUGCUUCUUACUCCCCCUGGGUUCCUACGUCAAUUGUUUCUACUUCCUUGGGUGUGAGACAGAGAGACACACACAGAAUGUGUUGACACUGUGAUGCUGGCAGGCAGAGAAGCUCCUCAGUUUUAACGUGGGCAGAGAGGCCCCUGGAUCUGCUCCAACCCACUCCUUUUCCCUCCCGAUGCAGUGACACCCUGGUGCCCGCCGGCAGAUGGCUACUUCCCUUCACCCAUAACCGAUGCCUUGUGAAUUCUUCUUCCUUUUCAGAACUACUCUGUGCUAAUUGUUCUUGACUGUCGGUACAGGCGUGUCGGCUCCAGCCUAACAAACAAGACAUUUAGGUAAAACUGUGGAGGCACCUUCUGCUUCUCUGCUUCGUUGUUCCUGAGAUAGUGCUGCUGUUAUUAUAGCACAUGCCCCAAGCAACCUCAAAUCAUUUCAGGAGGCAGACCAAGGAACCAAGUCACCAUCUUUAUGUGGCUUUUAAAAGCCCAUUGCUAUACCUCAUGGCCUCUCUUAAUGUUGGAAGAAGUUGCCAGAGGGUUGCAGGGAUUAAAAAUACACAUUAAUUUGAAAGCUAAUAAGCCUGUCAGAGAACAGGGUCUUGCUUUUCCUGAACUGGAUCUUGUGCUCCCAACUCCCUUCCAUCCACAGCAAGAUGGUGUCGAGGAGCUUGAGACUCCUCAGACUGAGAUUUCUGCUCUUAGUGUCUCCGGAGAAAUGGAGAAUCGCUGCUGAUCAUUUCCUCUUGUUGCCGUACCUGCUGGUGGAGAGCAGAGACACGGGUUCUUUUGAAAUCUUGAGUAGCAAAGCCGGGUCUGGUCUGCCCAGAGGAGGAAGCAGCCUUGAAAAACAUCUCAUGUGGACUCUGUGGUUCAAAUCCAAAGAAUAGGAAAGACAGGAAUGGAAGGAAACGCUGCUUUAAAUCAUAAAGUGUAGCACUCAUGCCUUAAUAGGUAAUUGGGAUUUUAUAACUAGGUAAAAAGGGAUAAAAAUAAGGUUUGGGAUGGCUUUUUAAAACCUGCUUGCGUUGUCCUGAGUCGUAAUCUUCUUACAACUUUGAACCACAUGAGGGAGAAGGCUUGUCUGUGAGAAGCCCUCUUGCUGGCUCUGUCGGGAUUCUCUCGCUCAUCUCACAGUACACCCUCUCUCUUAACCACUUCCUGCCAGCAUCUCCCUUUGGCCUGUCACCCACCUGGCGGGAAGUAAAGGAGCAUGAAAUUCAAAGCACCCAGUUUUCUAUCCAUAAAAAACAGGGAGGCCAGUGUGACUGGACCCAGAGAGCUGGUGGGGACUGUUGGUCUGCUCCCCUGGUCCCAGAUCUGGGAGGAAAGAAAGCUGGCUUCUCAAACCCAGAGUUGGGAGGGCAUUCUAGACUUUUUCAGGAGCAGUCUAGUCUGAAAGUUGAGUUGCUAACUAGGAGUGGCUUCGGCUAGUCCCCUGUGUCCUCAUUUCUUUCUCCAUCUCAUGAGUUCUUCCCCUCCGGCUACCUCUCAGGGAACGCAACCCCGUUCCACCUGCUGUGGGUACUCCACAGUGGUUAUGAGCUUGGAGCCAGACUUUUACUAGCUAGGUCACUUGGGCAUGUCCUUCACAUUUUGGGGCCUCAGUUUCCUCCUCGGUAAAUAGGAAUAAAGAUACCAACUUGCUAGUGAGGAUGAAAAGUGAUCUAGAUUAGAUACUUGGUGUGGUAUCUGGUGCUCGGUAAAGGCAGCCCCCCUCAUUAGUGUUGUUACCCUCGGCCUCCCCCGUUUCUGGGUAGAGCGUCUAGAGCUUCUGGUAGUGAUGAUUUAUGGCAGGUUUAUCCAUCCUACUGGCAUUCCUCAGUUGCAGCUAGAACACUGACAUGACGAUGGGUUAGAUCUGGUCGUCAGAGCUCCAACCACCAGCUUCUGCUCUGUGCCUUCCUCUGAGCUAAAUGUUAAUUGCUCAGGCACACCCAGUUCCUUGGCUCGGGCGUCCUAGCCGUGGGUAUACCGCUCAGCUGUCGUCUUAAGCCCCUCCAGAAAAACAAGGAGUGAGCUCAGAGGCAGCGCACCAUCAUUUGCACUUGGAUGUUUCUUGAUUUCCUGGCGUGCCCAGCCCACUUAGGCGUAACAGUGUGGAAUGCAAGUUCUGCUUGGUGGGAGGCUAGAUCUUGGCAACACUUUCAUAGUCACAGGGUGAGCCCAAGAAGCCAGCUGCACGUUCAUGCCUUAGUGAUGCUGGCAAGGGCUGGCAUUUUGCUCCCUUACCUGCUGGAGCAAUGGUGUAGGGAGAGAGGGAGCGUCACAGUAUUAACAGGCAGAAUGUGAACCAGCAUCAGAACAUGGCAGAGUGGUGGGCAGCCUGACCCAGAGACAGCCUCUGCUCUGAGCUUUAAGCUGUCCGCUGGGCGUCUCCGUCUCUGUUUUAAAUGGUCCUGCACGUUGUGAUCCUUAUGUUCGUGCCACGUGUGUUCCUUCAGGCAGCAUCUCCCAAGGGCCUGCUGUGGACGGGCCAGGCACUGUUUAGGACAUUUACAGACUGUAGCAUCUUUCACCCUGGGGGGGGGGAAAUCCUGUGAAGCAGCUCUUCUCUUACAUUUUAUAGAGGAGACCAAAAAUCACAGUGGUUUAGUGACUUGUCCAAGGUCACACAGGUAAGGUAUCAGAACCAGAAUUUUAACUUGAGCCUCUAAGUUUGGCUUUCUGUGGUUUCAACGAAACUGUAAAACAAAUGCCAAGUGCCCAGGCCAGAGUGGAGGUGCUAACAAGGGGGAACGAAUCAUUUAGUCAGAUUUCCAAGUUGACUUUUCAUCCUGCUAUCCAUGUGUAAGAACCACGUAGUCACCAAGGCUUGGUUGGUUGGUUUUUAUUGAAAUAUGAUUGGUGAGUAACAUUCAUUUCAGAGGUACAACAUAAUUAUUCAGUAUUGGUAUGUAUUGUAAAAUGACCCAUCACAAUAGUUACCAAAACAUUCUUCUUGUGAUAAAAGCUUUUGAGAUCUAUGUUCUUAGUAACUUUCAAAUAUACAACAUAGUAUUAUUGCUGUGCAUUACACCCCCAGAACUUAGCUUGAAGUUUUUUCAUUUAAUUUUUUUUUAAUUGAAGUAUAGUUGAUUGACA